UAAGUUCGGUUAUCUGUAUUCACGAAGACAAUAUGUACAGCAACGUGAAGUGUUCCAGUUCCUUCCUGGUUUUGAUCCUGGCACUUGGAGCAAUUUCAGCGCAACCAGCAAAAUCGACAAAACAACUAGAGAAACAGCAGGCAGCGCCCUACCCAUCAGCGGAUGAACUAAAACCCGAAGUGCCAUUUGAAGAAGGAGAGCCCGAUCAGACCUACGGACCUCCGGAUCUGACGUACGGACCUCCGCCCACCGACGCUGUAGAACAGUUACCCAGCGAUGAGCAGGCGCAGGACUUUACACCUGAUUCAGAUGCAGAGGAGGUUCAGCCUAUCCAGCAGUCACCCGCCCGGCUGACCAAGCAGGUCAGAAGCCGUCCACAAGUACCAGGAUUGAUUCUGCUAUCCUCGAAUCCAUUGCGAGUGUUGGAUUCCAAUGGAAUCCCCGUUCCAGUCGCUGUUCAACCACUGUGGUAGAAAAACUACAUUAUACAGAUUUUUAUAAACAUUAUAUUAAUUAUUGUCUUUUGUUAUCCGUUGAACCAUUAAAGAACAUUUGUUUACACCGAA